CUUCACCGAUAUGAUUAAGCAUGUGUUGAGUUGAUGGUUUCGCGUUACGUAAACUAUUCGACAAACCAAUAAUUUAAAUUAAGGUUUUUUUAGUAUUUUUAUACCAAAUUUUUAUUAUUGGUCGUCGUAGUUGUAGUGUGCGGUGUUUACAUCUUUGACAGGUGUCAAAGGUGUCACCGUUCUUAGGUUAGAAUAACGGUACAUUCACCUAUUUUGUCCCAUAAAAUGGAUUUAAAAGCCCCAUGAGACCAUUAGUACCGUUGUAGCAAAUCCAACAGUCGCCACGUCACAAAAUGGCACUUUUCGGCGCUCCAAAUUACGUUUUGUGUGUUUUUCUUGUGAUUUUUUGUGUCGUGAAGAGCGACAAGAAAUGUAGCAAGGCCUUAAACGACUAUGAAACAUAUCUAGGGACCAAAACUCCGUACAGAAUCGUGGCUAACUACAGCACGAGUGAAAUAAAAUACGACGACUGCAAGGCCGUUAAAUUGUGGGCUAUGGUACGUCACGGGACGCGGAACCCCAACGUGAAGUUGAUCGAACGUAUGAACACGAGACUUGUUGAAAUUCGUGAUGCAAUUCUGGAGAAUUUUCCUGAGGGAAACGGCGAAAUUAACAACUUUGAUUUGGAUUUGUUCCGGGGGUGGAGUCCUAAAUUGGAGGCCAAUGAUGAGAAGAAAUUGACGCAUGAGGGCGAAGACGAAAUGGUUUUGUUAGCCGAGAGAUUGCAAAGUCGUUUCCCGGGGAUUUUAACAAGUGUUUACAGCGAUUCGGCCUUUAAGUUCAAAUUUACCGCCACACAAAGGACGAAGAAAAGUGCACAGGCGUUCGCUGCCGGGCUUUUUGGACGAAACGUGGUUAAAGAUAUCAGUUUUCCUGAACCUUUGAAGAAAGAUCCGAUUUUAAGGUUUUACAAGUUGUGUAAUAAGUGGAGAAAGGAAGUUAGUAAAAAUCCGAAAGCUCUCGAAGAAAGAACUAAAUUUGAAAAUAGCGCCACUAUGACUAAAACAAUUGAAGGCAUUAACAAGCGACUGGGAUUUGACAAUGAAUUUGAUUUUAGUGAUGUUCAUGCAAUGUAUAUGACUUGUGCCUUUGAAACGGCUUGGAACAAGAGAAAGAGAUCACCAUGGUGUUCGGUUUUUAGUAACGAUGAUUUUAAAGUAAUGGAGUACGCUGAAGACUUGAAAUAUUAUUGGAUAGAUGGCUAUGGACACGAAUUGACAUAUAAACAAGCAUGUCCUGCUUUGACCAACAUGAUCGAAUUUUUCCAAACUAACGAAAGUCUUCCAAAAUCAACUGUCUAUUUUACUCAUUCUGGAACUUUAUUAAAAAUGUUGGCCCAUUUAGAGUUGUACAAAGAGGAAAAGCAUUUACUAGCCGACGAUUACGAUAAAAAUUCGGACAGAAAUUGGAAAGUGAGCCAAAUUGAUUCGUUUGGCACUAAUUUAAUUUUUAUUUUAUUUGACUGCCAAGGGCGGAAAAAAGUCUUGACAAUGCAUCAGGAGGACAUUGUCCGUUUACAAAGUUGCCCAAACAGCGAUUUGUGCGACUUUGACACUUUUAUUAAUUAUUACAACAAAGAUUUGGAGUGUCCUUUUGACACAAUGUGCGAAAACGAAUUGUAAAUAAAUUGUUUUUCUAAUUUAUA